AUGCCGGUGACCUUCGAGGAGGUGGCUGUGUAUUUCACCCAGGGGCAGGGGGCUCUGCUGGACCCCGCUCAGAGAGCCCUCUACAGGGACGUCAUGCAGGAGAACUACGAGACGGUGACCUCGCUGGGAUUUCCCAUUCCCAAACCUGACCUGAUCGCCCGGCUAGAACGAGGGGAAGAGCCGUGGGUCCCGGAUCUCCAGGCUGAUGAGGAAAGGGAGAGCCCGAGAGGCAUCCACACAGCAGGUGACAGGACAGUGACUGAGAACAAGAAGGAGAAUCAGCAGGUGGAAGGUCCUGAGAAAGUGGAACUGCAGGGGAUAUUUUUGAGAAGAGCUGAAGGGAAUUUUUCCCAGUGCUUGGAACAGGGAAAUGCCUUGAGAGAUCGACACAGAUCAGAGAUGCAGCUGGGAAACUAUCCCAGGAAGAAACUGGAUGAAUCCAUUCAACGUGGUGGAGGAUGCAAGGAUCCCAAGGAAAUCACAGUCCAGCAGACAAGUCACAAUGAAGAGAAACCUUACAAAUGCCUUGACCGUGGGAAAAGUUUCCAUUUCAGUGCAAGCCUUAUUAAACAUUGGAGAACACACACAGGAGAGAAGUCCUAUAAAUGUGUAGACUGUGGGAAAAGCUUCAGUGAGAAAUCAAACUUUAUUGUGCACCAGAGACUGCACAUAGGAGAGAAACCAUAUAAAUGUCUUGAGUGUGGGAAAAGUUUUAGUCAGAGUUCAUACCUUACUGCACAUCGGAGAAUCCACACAGGAGAAAGACCCUAUAAAUGCCUUGAGUGUGGGAAAAGUUUCAAUUUGAAAUCAACCCUUAAUACACAUCACAAAACUCACACAGGUGAGAAACCCCAUAAAUGCUUGGAGUGUGGGAAAACUUUCACUCAGCGCAUUCACCUUACUCAACAUAGGAAAAUCCACACGGGAGAGAGACCAUACAAAUGCCUUCAGUGUGGGAAAACUUUCACUCAGCGCAUUCACCUUACUCAACAUAGGAAAAUCCACACGGGAGAGAGACACUAUAAAUGCCUUCAGUGUGAGAAACUUUUCAGUACGCGAUGGAACCUUAUUAAACAUGAGCGAACCCACACCGGCGAGAAACCAUAUAAAUGCUUGGACUGUGGGAAAACUUUUGGUCAGAGCUCAUCCCUUAUUAAACAUAGGCGAAUCCACACAGGAGAGAGACCAUAUAAUUGCUUUGAGUGUGGGAAAAAUUUUCUUGACAGAACAAAACUUACUAGACAUCAGGCAAUCCACGCAGGAGAGAGACCAUAUAAUUGCUUUGAGUGUGGGAGAAAUUUUGUUGACAGAACAAAACUUACUAGACAUCAGGCAAUCCACACAGGAGAGAAACCCCAUAAAUGCUUGGACUGUGGGAAAAGCUUCAUUCGGAAGUCACAACUUACUGUACACCAGAAAGUUCACGCAGCAGAGGGAUCUUAUAAAUGCCUUGAGUGUGGGAAAACUUUUACUCACAACUCAAAGCUUACUAAACAUCAGAAAACCCACACAGGAGAGAGACCCUAUGGAUGCCUUGAGUGUGGGAAAAGUUUUAUUCAGAAGUCACAUCUUACUACACAUCAGAGAACCCACACAAGAGAAAGACCUUAUAAAUGCCUGGAGUGUGGGAAAACUUUUAUUCAUAACUCAAAGCUUACUACACAUCAGAGAACCCACACAGGAGUGAGACCCUAUGGUUGCCUUGAGUGUGGGAUAAGUUUUAUGGAAAGUUCAUCCCUUAUUAAACAUGGGAGAAUCCACACAGGAGAAAGACCCUAUAAAUGCCUGGACUGUGGGAAAACUUUCAGUAAAAGCUCACACCUUAAUAAACAUCGGAGAAUCCAUGGAGGAGAGAGACCCUAUAAAUGCCUUGAGUGUGGGAAAAGUUUUUUUGAAAGUUCAUCCCUUAUUAAACAUGAGCGAAUCCACGUGGGAGAAAGACCCUACAAAUGCCUGGAGUGUGGGAAAAGUUUUAUGGAAAGUUCAUCCCUUACUAAACAUGGGAGAAUCCACACAGGAGAAAGACCCUAUAAAUGCCUUGAGUGUGGGAAAAGUUUUGUUCGUCAAACAUUCUUUAUUAAGCAUCAGAGAAUCCACACAGGAGAAAGACCCUAUAAAUGCCUGGACUGUGGGAAAACUUUCAGUCAAAGCUCACAGCUUACUCAACAUGGGAGAAUCCACACAGGAGAGAGACCCUUUAAGUGCCUUGAGUGUGGGAAAAGUUUUAUUCAGAAGUCAUAUCUUACUAGACACCAGAGAGUUCACACAGGAGAGAGACCCUUUAAAUGCCUUAAGUGUGGGAAAAGUUUUAUGGAAAGUUCACCCCUUACUAAACAUAGGAGAAUCCACACAGGAGAAAGACCCUAUAAAUGUCUUGAGUGUGGGAAAAGUUUCAGUUUGAAAUCAAUCCUUAAUACACAUUACAAAACUCACACAGGAGAGAAACCUCAUAAAUGCCUGGAGUGUGGGAAAACUUUCAGUCAGCGCUCAAAUCUUAAUCAACAUGGGAAAAUCCACACACGCGAGAGACCGUAUAAAUGCUUUGAUUGUGGGGAAAGCUUCAGUAAGAGUUCAGAGCUGACCACACAUCAGAAAAUCCACAAGGGCGAGAGACCCUAGAAAUAGCUUGAUUGCAGGAAAAGAUUCAAUUUGACUUCAAGCAUCAGUGAUCCACACAACAGAGAGACCUUGAAUGUGGUGGAAGCUUCAUUUGGUGUUCCUGGAAUAUCAGGGAUCCACAAAUCCACACAGGGAAGAAACCUCUGAGAUGUUCUCAGUGUGGAAAAUGCUCCAAGUGGAACUGUCAUUUCAGGCUCCUCCACAGAGCAGGGAAAUUCUCUCAGGGUUCUGACUAGGGCUGGCCAUGGUGACAAACCCAUUUCCUCGUUCCCACACACAUCAGGGGUGUUAGGCUCCCAAGAUCCAGCUGCCCAUUGCUGAGGUGAGGAUCCAGCAGCAGCCGAGCAUAAGCUGGUCAGUGACCCUCUGGCUCUUCCCCGGUCAGUCCCUCCUCCCUGCUGCAGCCCUGGCUUCUGAGCUGAUGGGCUACAGGUGGGGGAAGGGAAAGAGAGAAACUCCUCCAGAUGCUCCCUCUGCCUGGCUGAAGUUCCCCCCUCUCCCUUCCCCUCCCAGCCGGGAUCCCCCUGCCAUGGAGAUGAGGAGAAAGACACUUGGGCCAGGCCCCACCUUCACUCUAGACACCUGUCCCCUCCCCCAUCUUCGACCAGCCCUUGGGUUGGGCCACCCCACUGACCUGUUCCCUGCAGGGGGAGUGUCCCUGGGGGCUGGUAACUUCUCCCCUCCCCAAAUCCCCCUGGGCAUUGGGUUCUGGGGGAUCAAGUAUUGAGGGACCAGGAGGGUGGGUUUUGGGGAGGGAACUGGGGAUUGAAUGAUUGGGGCUGGUGGAGCUGGGUGCUGGGGUAUUGAGUGUUUGAGGAUCAUGGGAUAAGAGGCGAGGGAGAGCACAGGGGUAGCGAGGUGCUGCCUCAUCACUCUCUCCCUCUGCCCCAUCUCCCUGCCCCCUCUGCAUUCAGACAGCACCACUGAGAGGGGCUGAUUCCCACAGAGCCAUUUGUGAGAGGCCUGGAGAUCCCAACUGUGCUUCCGAGCAUCUGUCUAUGGUAGGAAAUGUGGUUGGGAUUAGUCAGCGCAUCUCUGUGACCCUCCACCAGAUUUCCUAGUGUAACCUCAUCCUGAGCAUCUUAUAUGUAAGCCUAAGAUUUUGUCAUGGAUAUCUUUAAUAAAAGUCAUGGACAGGUAACAGGCAAUAAAGAAAUAUUCACGGAAGCCUGUGACCUGUCUGGGACUCUUACUAAUAAUAUCUGUGACAAAAUGGGGCGAGAGAAGGCUGCAGCACCCAUUGCUGGGGCUCUGGCUGGGAGCUGCAUUGGCCCCCUGCCUCCCAUGGCUCGGAGCUCCGGGGCGGCCUUGCUUAGUGCUGCGUGGUACCCCCACAGCCUGCAGCAGCUUAGAGCUUCGGGGACCCCACAGCUCUGAGCCACCAUGGGCUGAAGUCACAGAGGUCUCUGGACGUCACAGAUUCUGUGACUUCUUCGAAUCAUACCUUUACUUACGUGUUCUGACCUCCUCCCUUUUGCUGGGUGGUCAUUAGUCCCGGAGUUCCCCCUUUGGGGCCGGAUUGUCUCAUUCCCAGAUAGUC